UGGUAAUAUUUGUUUAAAUGUCAUAAUUUAAAAAAACUACCGCCUGCAAAAACAACAUCAAUAACAAGAGAAAAUAUUACAAAUUUUAAGAAAAAAUCAUGUAUUUGGAUAAAUGUUUAAUUAGUAAAAUGCUAAAUGAGCUAAAAACUACACGAUAUUCUCAAAAAACACAAACUGCUGCCAUUACGGAUGUUUUGGACAAGUCAAAUAAUGCUUUACUACAAAUAGAAGCUUCCAGAAGUCUUAAGCCAGCUACAAGCGAUAAUAAUUCUACUCCCUACACCUAUAAUAAGGAAACUGUAAAUGCCUUGACCCGUAUUGUGGACAAAUUUAUGAAUCUAUUAAAUGGCUGUGGUCCAGCUAACGAGCGGCGUAAUUUUGAAGAGUAUUUAGAAGCAGCCGAGCAAAGGACGGAAUUUUUGGGCUGUAAUAUAAUAAAAUUAUUAGCCAUAUGGGAUACUAUACAACAAAUGCGUGUUGAACUGGAAAACUUAGAACUUGAGAUCAAUAACGCUUAUGAUACUGAGGACGAGGAUUGUUUUUAGUUUAUAACAUUUAAUUGCUAAGCUUUUAAAAAAAUAAAUUAAUUUAUAUUAAAAUUAUUAA